AACUUAUCGUGACCGCCUUAAGGAAAAUGAAAUAAAAAUAAAAACCCUUUAUUUCUCUCUUCAGCCGCCGCUUUCACUUACUUCUUCAUCUCCCUCUUCCUCUCCUCGCAGGUUUUUCUACACUGUGAAGCUCGCAAAUCUGGCUAUCGAAAACCAUAACCACAAGCUUAACUUCGGGGCCUUCAAGGCCAAUCACAAGAAAGUCAUGGGACCGAUGAUAAGAACAGAGGAGGAAGAAGACUGUAUGAGUCCACCGUGGCUAAUGCCAAUGCUACGAGGCAGCUACUUCGUUCCCUGUUCGAUCCACGCCGAUUCAAACAAAAACGAAUGCAAUCUCUUCUGUCUCGAUUGUGCUGGAAAUGCCUUUUGCUCUUACUGUUUGGUCAAACAUAAAGACCAUCGUGUUGUUCAGAUACGGAGAUCUUCUUACCAUAACGUGGUGAGAGUGAAUGAGAUACAGAAGUAUAUAGACAUCUCUUGUGUUCAGACAUAUAUAAUAAACAGCGCAAAGAUCGUGUUCCUCAAUGAAAGACCUCAGCCCAGAAUCGGAAAAGGUGUUACAAACACUUGUGAAAUCUGUUGCAGAAGCCUCCUUGACUCUUUCCGCUUCUGCUCUCUCGGUUGCAAGCUUGGAGGAAUGAAGAGAGGAGAUCAAAGUCUAACCUUCUCUUUCAAAGGGAAGCACGGGAGAGAGUACCAAGGUGGCUCGGAAUCUGAUGAGGCAACCACACCGACUAAGAUGCGUAAGACGAAUGCUUUCAACCGUCUGAUGAGUGGUCUCUCGAUCUCCACCGUUAGAUUCGAUGACUACGGUCCAGGCGGCGAUCAACGGUCUUCAAGCUCUGGCGACGAAGGUGGUUUCAAUUUCUCUCCGGGAACACCUCCGAUCUACAAUCACCGGAAUUCAAGCAGGCGAAAAGGGGUCCCACAUCGUGCUCCGUUCUAAACCCAAAAAUACAAAAAUGUUGAUGAAUUUCAACCCCAUAAUAAUAAUAAUAAUAAUUAGUCAAAUAUGAAUAGAAGAUGGGAUAAUACGUAAUCCAUAUUAUAAUAAUGCAUAUAACUCUGGGGGUGAAAUUUAGGAUGUAGUCCUAAUGUUGUAAAUGUGCCAGUGUCUUUUUUUCUUUUUCUUUUCUUUUCUUUUUUUAUAAUAUAGUUUUCUGAAAAGAUAAAGGCGAAAAUAAUUAGACACAUACAUAAAUACAUUUUUUAUAAAUAUAGAAGAAUUAGGAUAAUAGUAAAGGGUUUGAUGUUUAGCUUGUACUAAAAGGGCAUGGCUCUGUGUUGUUUUCUGUUGUGUUUUGGUAAUGUGUACAUCAAAAUUUUGUUUAUACAGUGUUAAUAUUAUGUGAAAUUAUAUGUACUUUUAAGUUGAUCCA